GCUGCUAGUGCCGCCAGGCAUUACUAAGUUACCACCAGGCAUUACUAAUGAUUUGCAUCGCGAUCUUCAGAAAGCGUCUUUGCUACAUAGGUAGUAUUUUGUUAAAAGAAGCCCUCGGACCGGAUUUUCACGCACAUUUCCCCAAGAGUUACAGACUAGCGGAUGAGAGCUCAUGGUACGACAGCCAUGGAAUACAAAACGAUCGAAACAACCGUCCUAAGGGUCGCCUACUACGAGUACGGCCCACAAGAUGGAUGGGCUGUCAUUCUCUCCCACGGUUUCCCGUAUGAUAUUCACGCCUACGAUGGAGUCGUACCUAUUCUCGAAAAGAGCGGUGCUCGGGUCAUAGUCCCGUACUUGCGAGGCUUUGGUCCCACACGCUUCCUGUCAUCAGCCACCGUCACCAUGCGAUCGGGACAGCAAGCAGCGCUAGGCUCCGACCUGAUCUCUUUGCUCGACGCGCUCGGCAUUGAUAAAGCGGUGCUCGCUGGAUUCGACUGGGGUGGUCUGGCAUCUUGCGUCGCGGCAGUCCUCUGGCCAGAGAGGGUUGCUGGGCUUGUUUCUUACGCUGGAUACGAUGUGUACAAUAGAGUCAUCAAUCGGAGCCCCAAUGAUCCCGAGCUAGAAUGCGUCCAGUGGUAUCAGCACCUCUUCCAAAGCGAAAGAGGGCGGGAAUGCCUGUCCCAACACCGGCAUAAGUUAUGCAAAAUGCUGUGGCGGCAGUGGUCACCAACAUGGAAUUUCAGCGACAGAGAGUACGAUCAGACAGCAACUUCAUUCGACAACCCUGACUUUGUGGACAUCGUUGUUCACGCCUACCGCCAUGCACACGGUACGGCAAAUGGCGAUCCAGCUCUGCAGGAUCUAGAGGAGAAACUAGCGGCAAGACCCAAGAUUAUAGUGCCGGCUGUCACCUUGGAUGGCACAAGGGACCCACUGAAGCCAGGUGGCACGGCCGCACAUGGCGAGAUGUUCCAGGGAAGGCAUGAGCAUUUCGUGUAUGAUGUGGGGCAUGCUUUCCCCUUGGAAGCUCCAGAGGCCUUUGCAGAGGCGAUUCUGUUGGUGCAUAAGUGGAUGUCGCAUGGUUCAUCGAGCAGCAAAUAGGGGAUUUCCACCAUGAGCGAUAAACCACUUACACGGGGUGUGUUAAUAGUCUCUUCACGCUCGAUGUCUCUAGGCAUAUGCGAACAAGCCAGACUGUAAAGAGUUUCAGGUCCAGUUCUGGAUUUCAAGUCGAUUCAAUAAGUUUACUUUAAGCUAUUGUGCCUAGCACAGAAUGACAUCAACCCCUUGUCGAAAUCGAGUUCUUGCUAGGAUGGCGGAUUUCUUGCCAAGCCAAUAUUCGACUUGCUCGGUUUACACAGUAGAGUGAAGGAUCCUAUCAGGAAGCGUAUCUAGGCUAUCGCAUCUCCGCCGAUACCAUCCUCUCUUUUG